AUGAAGUCCAAAGAAGAAAAAGUGAAAAUAAUUACAGAGGAGUUCGUUGACGGUGAGGAUGCAGAAGAGGAAAGACAGAAGAAGCCCUCGAAGUUUCCAAGACAAAAAAGAAAGAAGCAGCUGCCGGCUGCCAGCCACGAGGAAAUGGUGUCGGAAAAAUCCCCUGUGGACGACCAGCAGAAGCCCGUGCAAGAGGGCUCUGACACCCGCCUCCUGGGCAUGACAAGCCGGCGGGGCGCCCGGAGCUUGCCUCCAAUCCCUUCAACUUCCAGAACAGGCUUUGCAGAAUUUUCCAUGAGAGAACGCAUGAGGGAGAAAUUACAGGCUGCAAGGUCCAAAGCAGAAAGUGCGCUACUGCAGGAAAUCCCCACCCCUCGGCCCAGGCGCUUCCGAAGUCCCACCAGGAAAGAAUCGGAGACGGAAUUUGGCACAGAGCUGGAUAGAGAGGUACAAAGGACUCAACAAGAAAAUGACUCCCAAGGUUAUUCAAGAGUAAAGUUCCACGAUUCUGCACGAAAAAUCAAGUCUAAACCCCCGGUUCCACCUGGCUUCCCUUCUGCUGAGGAAGCGUAUAACUUCUUUACUUUCAACUUUGAUCCCGAACCAGAGGAGUCAGAGGAAAAACCAAAAGCCAAACAUAGACAUGGAGCUAACCAAGAGGAAAAGGAAGGAGAGGAAGAAGAGACACCUGUGCAGGAAGGAGUAAGCAAAAUAGAUGAGGAAGAGUGGUUGGAUGGCAAAGAUGCUGAGGAUCUUCUCCUGGGCUUGGAUCAUGCGGCUGAAGACUUUGUGGCGGUCAGACCUGCCGAUUAUGAAAGUGUCCACGUUCGGCUGCAGAAGGAGAAAGAGCUCCUAUUCGUACCCAGCAGACGGACAGUGCCUACAUAUAAAAAGCUUCCUGAGAAUGUGCAGCCCAGGUACCUAGAAGACGAAGGCCUUUACAUCGGGGCAAGACCAGAGGUGCCGCGAACUAACCAGAACAUCAUGGAGAACAGGCUGCUGAUCCAGGAACCGGGGAGGAGAUGGUUCGGAGAUGAUGGCAGGAUCCUGGCGCUGCCAAACCCCAUCAAGCCGGUUCCUUCACGCCCACCCAUGUUGACACAGGAUCAGGACAUUAAGGCAGAACUGGAAACACUGUAUAAAAAGGCAGUAAAAUACAUCCAUAGAAGUCAGCAUCUAAUUGGAUCUGGGGACUCUCCUGGGAAUUUCCAACUGGACAUUGAUAUUUCGGGGUUAAUCUUCACGCAUCACCCCUGUUUUAGCCGAGAGCAUGUGUUGGCAGCCAAGCUGGCCCAGUUGUAUGACCAGUACCUCGCAAGAUGCCAGAGGAACAAGGCAAAAUUUCUCACUGAUAAGCUCCACGCUCUAAGAAAUGCUGUUCAGAUGGGCCUUAAUCCAGCAAAAACUCCUAAGACUCUUGAAACAACCCCCAAAACCAUCAAUGAAUAUAAAUCUGAGAUUCGGCAAACAAGAAAACUGCGUGAUGCUGAACAAGAAAAAGAUCGAAUGUUGCUUAAGACCAUCAUAAAAGUCUGGAAAGAGAUGAAGUCCCUCCGAGAGUUCCAGAGGUUUACAAAUACUCCCUUGAAACUUGUUUUGAGAAAGGAAAAAGUUGACCAGAAAGCCGAUGAAGAAGCAUAUGAAGCAGAAAUUCAGGCCGAGAUAAGUGAAUUGCUGGAGGAGGACAUGGAAGAGUAUGAACAGAAGAUGGAAGCGUACAGAGUCACACGGCAGCAGUGGAGAGCCUGGAAGAAAGCCCAGAGGGCCAGAAAGAAGAAAAAGAAACAGGAAGUCGAAGAACAUCCCGCCGAUGAGGAGAAGGAGGAGCCAGGUCCCGGGGAGGAGCCUGAGAAACCCGUCCCUCCAGAGCCUGUGGACAGGGCAGUGAUAGAGCAGCAGGUGAGAGAGAGAGCAGCCCAGAGCCGGAGGAGGCCGGGGGAGCCCAUGCUGGUCCCGGAGUUGAGCCUGGCAGGGAGCGUGACGCCCAACGACCAGUGUCCCAGGGUGGAGGUCUUGCGAAGGGAAGACGUCAAGAGACGCUCGCUGUUCCUAAAGGUGACCUUCAACAACAAGGAGGUGUCCAGGACAGAGAGCCGGCCGCUCGGGGCGGACUUCCGAGUUCACUUUGGACAGAUUUUCAAUUUGCAAAUAUUCAACUGGCCGGAGAGUUUAACGUUGCAGGUCUAUGAGACAGCUGGAAACAGUGGUACCACCUUGCUGGCGGAAGUGUUUCUGCCCAUCCCCGAAACCACCGUUGUCAGCGGAAGGGCUCCCAUUGAGGAAGUGGAGUUUAGCAGUAACCAGCAUGUGACUCUGGACCACGAAGGAGUCGGAAGUGGAGUGCCCUUCUCAUUUGAAGCUGAUGGUAGUAAUCAACUGAUUCUAAUGACCUCAGGGAAAGUGUCCAACAGCGUGGCGUGGGCCAUUGGAGAAAAUGGGAUUCCUUUAAUUCCUCCGUUGUCACAGCAGAAUAUUGGAUUCAGAAGUGCUUUGAAGAGAGCAGAUGCCAUCUCCUCUAUCGGCACGUCAGGACUGACAGACAUGAAGAAGUUGGCCAAGUGGGCGGCAGAGUCCAAGCUCGACCCCAACGACCCCAGCAAUGGCCCCCUGAUGCAGCUGAUCUCGGUCGCUACCAGUGGUGAAUCCUACAUCCCUGAUUUCUUCCGACUCGAGCAGCUCCAACAGGAAUUUAACUUUGUUUCGGAUGAGGAAUUAAAUAGAUCCAAACGAUUCAGGCUUCUUCUUCUUAGAAGCCAAGAGGUGCCAGAGUUCCGACAUUAUAAGCAAAUUCCACUGUAUGACCGAGAAAUUAUGGAAAAAGUAUUUCAGGACUAUGAGAAACGGUUACGAGACAGAAAUGUAAUCGAAACCAAGGACCACCUGGAUACCCACAGGGCCACAGUAGCAAAGUACCUCCAGGAGGUUAGAGAAUCAGUGAUAAAUCGUUUUCUCAUUGCGAAACACCAUUUUCUUCUUUCGGAUUUGAUAGUAGAAGAAGAAGUUCCCAAUAUCAGCAUUUUGGGCCUGAGCCUUUUCAAGCUGGCAGAACAAAAGCGACCACUGAGGCCAAGGAGAAAAGGCCGGAAGAAGGUGACAGCCCAGAACCUGUCGGACGGAGACAUAAAGCUGCUGGUGAACAUCGUCCGGGCCUAUGACAUCCCGGUGAGGAAGCCGACGGCAAGUAAAUUCCACCAGACAUCAAGAUCUUCAAGGACCUACAGUGAAAAGCAUGUGGCUUCUCCGACAACACACAGCCCAGUCCACAAUGCCGACUACCCCCUCGGGCAGGUUUUAGUACGUCCUUUUGUAGAAGUUUCAUUUCAGCGAACCAUCUGCCAUACAACUACUGCAGAAGGACCAAACCCCAGCUGGAAUGAAGAACUUGAACUUCCGUUUAGGGCCCCCAACGGGGAUUACAGCACCACUAGCCUGCAGUCAGUGAAAGAUGACGUGUUCAUCAACAUCUUUGAUGAAGUGCUGUAUGACGUCUUAGAGGACGACCGUGAAAGAGGAAGUGGAAUCCACACUCGUAUUGAAAGACACUGGCUGGGGUGUGUGAAAAUUCCAUUCAGCACAAUAUAUUUCCAAGCAAAGAUCGAUGGGACGUUUAAGAUCAGUGUUCCCCCAGUGAUCCUGGGCUACAGCAAGGAGCGAAGCAUGGUGACGGAGCGGGGAUUUGACUCUGUCCGGAGCCUGAGUGAAGGCUCUUACAUCACCCUGUUCAUCACCUUGGAGCCUCAGCUGGCUCCUGGGGAGUCAGUUCGAGAAAAGUUUGAUUCUCAGGAAGAUGAGAAAUUGCUUCAAGCAACAGAGAAGUUUCAAGCUGAGUGUGCCUUGAGGUUUCCCAACCGGCAGUGCCUCACCACAGUGGUUGAUGUUAGCGGAAAGACCGUCUUCGUCACUCGUUAUCUCAAGCCUUUAAACCCUCCUCAGGAGCUGCUUAAUGCUCACCCCAGCGGCCCCCAGGCAACAGCGGAACUGGUGGCCCGAUACGUGUCUCUGAUUCCUUUCUUGCCCGACACUGUCUCCUUUGCUGGUGUCUGUGACCUGUGGAGCACUUCUGAUCAAUUUCUCGAUCUCCUGGCAGGAGACGAAGAAGAACACGCAGUUUUACUAUGCAAUUACUUCCUCUCCAUGGGAAAGAAGGCCUGGCUGGUGGUGGGCAAUGCUAUUCCCGAGGGUCCAACUGCCUAUGUGCUAACUCGGGAACAAAGUCACUAUUUAAUAUGGAACCCCUGCAGUGGACAUUUUUAUGGACAGUUUGAUACCUUCUGCCCCUUAAAAAGUGUGGGCUGUUUAAUAGGUCCAGAUAAUAUUUGGUUUAAUAUUCAACAAUAUGAUUCCCCACUACGGAUAAAUUUUGAUGUCACCAAGCCCAAGCUAUGGAAAUCUUUCUUUUCAAGAAGUCUUCCGUAUCCUGGCCUUUCCAGUGUUCAGCCAGAAGAGCUUAUUUACCAGCGCACAGACAAGGUGGCUACAGCUGAACUACAAGACAGGAUUGAAAAAAUACUAAAAGAAAAAAUCAUGGACUGGCGGCCGCGCCAUCUGACUCGGUGGAACAGAUACUGCACCUCCACGCUGCGUCACCUCUUGCCUCUGUUAGAAAGGAACCAAGACGACGUGGAGGACGACCACAGAGCAGAACUGCUCAAACAGCUAGGAGACUACAGGUUCUCUGGAUUCCCCCUUCACAUGCCAUACUCCGAGGUGAAGCCUUUGAUUGAAGCUGUGUACAGCACUGGAGUACAUAAUAUUGAUGCUCCUAAUGUUGAAUUUGCUUUAGCUGUGUAUGUCCACCCAUAUCCCAAAAAUGUUUUGUCUGUCUGGAUCUAUGUUGCCUCCCUUAUACGCAACAGAUAA